UCCCGUGCUCGGACCCCGGUAUGAGGUGACAGUGUGGUGGCACAAUGGCCUUGGAGGCCUCUCUAGUGGAGUUCCGCAGGCGCUGGAGGGCAGAAAUAAGCGGGGAACCCACAGCCCCGGCCGGCCCGCUAUCGCCAAAGCGCCGACGGUCAGGAGAAAGCCCGGAGCCCGCUUACCAGAGUCGGGAAGAAGGUGCGCUCAGGAAAUGUCUACCCGGAUCUCCGGCCUGGGACACAGAAAUAGCUGGGUGCCGCUUCCUGCAGCUGGCGGAGAGUUUGCUGGACGACGGGCCAGUCACUACACCAGGGAAGGAAGAGAAGCCGAGCUACCAUGACAGGAGCAGCAGCCUGGUGGAGCAGCUCAUCCAUGACCUGAAUGAUAUAAAUGAAAUCCCUUUCUUUGACAUUCAACUACCAUAUGAAAUUGCCCUAAAAAUCUUUCACUACCUGGGGAAACAAGAACUUGGAAGAUGUGCACAGGUAAGCAAAGCGUGGAAGGUACUUGCCGAAGAUGAGAUCUUGUGGUACCAUGUUUGCCAAAUGGAAGGGUUCCUGACGGACAGUAAAGUUACCGCGUGUACAUCUUGGAAGGAAGCUCUAAAAGAGAGGCGCACUCAGGAGAGCCUGCUGAGGACAAACUGGAAGAAUCGUAUCGGCACUGUGAGCCAGCUGCAUUAUGAACUGGGGAAGGUGUUGUGUGAUGUUCAUACAUCUGAUGGAGUUGUCUUAGCGGGAUACACAUCAGGUGAUGUUCGUCUGUGGGAUACAAGAACUUCAGGACUUGCUGAAUCUUUUCUCGAAACCACCCAUCAUCUGGAUCAUUCGGCACAAAGUCAUCAAGUUUCUUUCGUUCAGAUAAACAAGUCCUUGGCAGUGGCUGCUUAUGAGGAUGGUUCCGUCGAUGUUUGGUGUAUUCAUGCUAGGCGGGAACCUAUCCAUUACUAUCGUCACAACCAAAAAAUCCAGGCACUAGCCCUGUGCCCAGAAACAGCUGCUAUAGCAACAGCAUCUAGUUUUGAAGUAAAAGUGGAGAGUCCUGAUGAUCGAGGGUACUGGCGAAGUAGCUGCAUUUUUCAUACUCAAAAACUGGUUAAUUUCCUCCAUUUGAUUCAUAGCUCCGAAGGAUGUCCUGUUGCUGUUGCUGCUGCUGAAGAAAUAGUAUAUCUCUUAAAACCAGAAGUCCCUGAAAAGAUAUUGCACUCUACAUAUGGCCACACAGUCACCAGCUUAGAUGUUUCUCUUGAUCAAGCAGCAUUUGGAGUCAAAAGUUAUGGCUGGUUCUCAAAUAAUGGCAAUAAGAUUCAUGUAUACAACCUGCAGACUGGUCAGUGCCUCACAAACUUGGGUAACUCUGCCGGAGACUUUUCCUGUAUUAAUUUAAAAGAUAGCCCCCCUAAUCUUCUGGUAACUGGAAACCGAGAUCGGAGGGUACGUGUGUAUGACAUGCGAUGCAGCAAAUCUCUCUGUUCUUUCUAUGCUCACCACUUGGGGGUGUCAGCUGUCCGUAUGGAUGACUGGAAGGUGGUCUCUGGAGGAGAGGAGGGUUUGAUCUGUACAUGGGACCAGAGGAUGGGCACCAAACUCUGGGAGAUGCAUGCAAGGCAUCCUGUCCGUUACAUUUGGUUCAGUUCCCAAACCCUGAUCACUGCAAACAUUCCUGAUGAAAAGAACCCCCGAGGGGCAAGCAUUAUGGAUGAUGAUCUUACUGCUCAUAGAAGACACCGAGGUACCAUUAAUGUUCAUGACUUCUCUGUGGAUCAAAGGUCUUUUGAGAGUAUCCUCCCUAUUUGUCGUUCUUCCUACAAUGAGGUGACGGGAUACAAUUACAACAUUGGCUUGGCUGUCCCCUAUGACCAUGUGUGAAAGAAGGAACAUACUUGCUGCUUGACAUUACAGCACCUUCACAGCUUGAAAGAUCUUACCCCUCUAAAAAUAAAGCGUGUCAGUACUAAAGAGAAUACUGUAUGGUUCUCCAGAAUCCAGCCAGUCAUGAUAUUCUUGUAUGAAGGGUGUGCUUUAUCUUUGAUCACGGAUACAAUGACAUGCCAGGCAUGUCAACACAAUACUGUUCUGCUCUUGUUGCUAGACACAAGAGUUCUGUGUAGCAGCAGUGUUUUACAGAUGGCAGUGUUUGUGGUAUAAUGGAUCGUCCUUGGGAAUGAUUUACUGUGAACUAUUUGACAUUUGUAAAAUGCCUGCCUACCUUUUUCUAAAGAUGAUUCAUUGUUAAAAUAUGUUGUAUGGGACAUAAAAAUGAUUAUAGGUAAAAUGACUUUAUAAAGGUCAGACAUGCCCGCUGCCAAAUGUCAUAAGACCAUCUGGUAAUUAGCAUACAGUGCCACUUAGUGACUUAUUUUGUGUUUAU